AUGCCUUAUCCCUUCGCUUGCCAAUCACUCCAAACACGAUGAUUUCCACUUUAUAAACCUACAAAAUCACUGCCUCCACCAAUGAUUUACUCCUCUCCCUUUCCUUUCAGUAUAAACUUCCUUCCCUCCUCUGUCGGUUGCUUUCCCUCUUCUCUGUCUCUCUGUUUGCAGCUCAAUUUUGCUUCCACUUCAUGAUUCUAAUCUUUUGAUUCUGUUGACUUUCUGUUUUUCAUAGCUGUUCGAGUUCCUCCUAAUAGUUUAAUUUUUCUGGUUAAUUCCUGUUUCUAUAAGGAGUAGAUAGAUACCUAUGGAUCCAAACCUCAACGGUUUUCCAGAUCAUGAAGCAGAUUAUAACUCUGAUUAUCAGGCCCUCUUAACCCAAUUACGUGAUCUCCCCAAUCGUUCGAUUGAUGGGUUUAGAUUAAACGAUUGGGCUUCUUUACCCACUUCAUAUCCAUACCCUGAAUUCAAUAACCCAUCUCCAGAUCAUGUUCCCUUCAUCCAGAAUUCCGUUUUCCCGAGCGACCCAGACCCUAAUCAGUUUUCUUCGCCGUCAAGUGAGAGGGCGAAAGGGGAGCCACGUUCUGGGUCGGUGGGGUUGAACUCAGAUGGAGGUGCAAAAGGGGUGGCUUUGGGGUUAAGCCCUGGUGGUGACUCUUCCUCAGAUGAGAGUGACUUCAAGGAAACCGUUCUCAAGUACAUAAGCCAAAUGCUUAUGGAAGAGAAUUUGGAGGAGAUGCCCUGCAUGUUUUAUGAUCCUAUGGGACUUAAAGUUACUGAGAAAUCGUUCUAUGACGCUCUUAGUGAGAACUACCCUCCUUCACCUAACCAACCUCCUCUGGAUUGCGAGAGCUCUGAGGAUCAAUGGGCUGUUGAUCCUGUAGAACAUACGCCCCCUGUACUUCGAAGACCUUUUCCCAGCAAUGAGUAUCAGUCGAAUUUUGAGGUUACUUCUGGCAAUCAAAGCAACCUGAUUACUAAUAGUCAUGAGUUCGCCACUGAGCUGUUGGCUCAGAAUAUCUUUAGUGAUAGCACAUCCAUCUUGCAAUAUCAAAAAGGGUUGGAGGAGGCAAGGAAGUUUCUUCCAGGAGGUGAACAGCUGAAUAUUGAUCUUGGCAGCAGCAUACUGACAGGAGUGGCUUCUAAGGUAAUGGAUACAACAGAGAAGGUGAAAAGGGAGAAUUCACCGAAUGGAUCGAAGGGACGGAAGAAUCGGGAACGUGAAGAUGUAGACUUAGAUUCAGAAGAAGGGAGGAGAAACAAGCAUGCCACCAUUUAUGGGGAUGAGGAAGAAUUAUCUGAGAUGUUUGAUAAGGUUUUACUUCAUGAUUAUGGAGGAAAUGAGACCUCUGCAAAUGGGAAAUUGCAGUAUAAUGGACAACUUCAUGGAUCUAUUGCUGGGAAAGCUCGGGAAAAGAAACAGGAGAAGAGAAAAGACUCAGUGGAUUUGAGAAAUCUUCUGAUAUUAUGUGCACAAGCUGUGUCUUCUGAUGAUCGGAGGAUUGCUAAUGAACUACUUAAGAAGAUUAGGCAGCAUUCUACAACCAAUGGGGAUGGUUUCCAAAGAAUGGCUCAUUUUUUUGCCAACGCUCUUGAGGCUCGCAUGGUUGGCACUGGUACAGGAAGCAUAAUCCACUAUGAAUCACUAAUUCAAAGCAAGAUUUCAGCAGCUGAUAUGUUAAAAGCUUACCAAGCACACUUCUCAUCCUGCCCUUUUAAGAAACUCUCGCUUUUUUUCAUGGUUAAAAUGAUUUUGAAGGUUGCUGACAAGGCCAAAAGUCUUCAUAUUAUUGAUUUUGGCAUUUGCUAUGGCUUCCUCUGGCCAAUGUUAAUUCAGUUUCUUUCACAAUUACCUGAUGGUCCACCUAAACUACGCAUUACUGGUAUUGAUCACCCUCUACCAGGAUUUCGUCCAGCCGAAAAGAUUGAUGAGUCAGGACGUCGUUUGGCAAAAUACUGCAAACGCUUUACCGUUCCUUUUCAAUAUCAAGCCAUAGCAUCAGAUAACUGGGAAACUAUCCGAAUCGAGGACUUCAAGCUCGAUAGCAGUGACGUGCUAGUUGUGAACUGUUUCUACAGGUUUAACAACCUACUCGACGAAACUGUCGAAGAAACUAGUCCAAGGGAUAUUGUUCUACGUCUAGUAAGGGAGAUGAAUCCAAACUUAUUUGUACAUUCUAUCACUAAUGGAUCCUAUCAUGCACCGUUCUUCAUAACGCGCUUUCGAGAGGCACUCUUCCACUUCUCUGCACUGUAUGAUUCCUUAGACGUUAAUUUACCUCGUGAAAGUGAAGAGAGGAUGAUGAUAGAAAGAGAGUAUCUCGGGCGUCAAAUCAUGAACGUAGUAGCAUGUGAGGGCGCUCAGAGGGUUGAGAGGCCUGAAAGCUAUAAGCAAUGGCAGGUUCGGUGUAUUAGGGCGGGUUUCAGGCAGCUUCCUUUGGACAAGGAGAUGAUGAACAAGUUUAGGAGCAAGUUAACAACCCAUUACCACAAAGAUUUUGUACUGGAUGAAGACAAUGGCUGGAUACUUCAAGGGUGGAAAGGCCGUAUUGUGUAUGCUUCUUGUUGUUGGGUGCCAGCAUCAUAGGUGUAUACUCCUUGCUGUAACUUGGGACACAAGAAUGAGACUCCAGAGUCAAGACGAGAGGCGCAUUCAAUACGUUCCCUCUCAGAUGACAGAGAUUGAAGCAGAACUAGUGUGAGAUAUUUGUACUUCUCUCUGCUAUGGGAAGUUUGAAGGUAUCUGUUUGAAGGCCAAGUUCUGAACAAGAGACUGCUUGUAUCAGAUUCUCUCUUGUUAGUUCUAUGGAAAGCAUUUACCUUGUGAUUCUGAUAUCAUGAACUGUGGGAACUAAACAUGACAUGUAUGAUCGACCAAACAUUUAUCAAGUAUACUAAGUAGAUAGAUGAUAAUA